CCUAUUUAAAUGCUUUCUCACCUCACACUCACUGCUCACACACAGCGUGUUUCUCUUACAUAGUUUUAAAAACCUUAUAAGGACACUUGGUGUGUGUUUGUGUGUGUGUGUGUCGCUCAUUUAUAAUCUUCAUUCUUGAUACAUUGUGUGAAACUUGUCUUGACUCUUUCCUUGCUGCCCUUGAAUCGCACUGCUAAUUCAGCACUUGUCUUCCCAAAUCUCACUCUCUCUCUCUCUCCUUGAGAAAGCAUGGGCUCUCGCUAAUUUCAUCAGAUCACCUCUCUUCCCUUCAAUCUUGUUCAUGCAAAUUGUGCUUUAACUUCUCUCAAGGGGGAAAAAUUCUCACUUUCCCACAUAAAAAUUGAUUCUUGCUCUUUUCCACAAAUGGGGCCUCGCUAAAUUGCUUGAUUCUUGCUCCUUUCCCCUUUCUAGUUGCAAAGUUUGAACCUUUUAGAAUAUUUGGAUUCUGGGAUUUCAUACCAUGUAAAUUGAUCUCAGCUUCUUGCUUUUGGGUCUGUGCAUUUUGGUUUGAAGUAGUUGAUGGUUAGAAAAGUAUCUAAUUUGAUGUAAGUUGAGUGUUGAUAUGAUGGAUCUGAGCAUUAUUUCAGUCAACCGUUAGUCCAAUUUCUCUGUUCUUGAUCAGCAAUGCAUCCAUUUCGUUAGAAUUGUUUCUCUUUCUGCUACAAACAUGGAAUACAAGUAGGCCUAGAUCAUUCUUGACCAGUUUCUGUGAUUCUUUUGUUCAUUUUUUGUUGAACACUUACAAACUAUUCUUUCCAAUUUUUUAGUAGGAUGUAGCCUUUUUUCUAAUUCUUGAAAGUAUGGGCCUCUUGAAAGGUCUCAAAUUAUACAUAGAUUCAAUGAUAUGCCAAAUUUUUACAAUAAUCAAGCAGUUUAUGCUCUUCUGCCCAUAGCCUUUCUUAUGCAAAUAUAGUUAUAGUGAUAUUGGCCUCUCGAGUACCUUUUUUGGUGUUGAAUUAUACUCUGUGUGGGAAAUUUGGGUGUUUUUUCAUGGAGGAAACCUUUGUUCCGUUUCGUGGGAUUAAAAAUGACCUCAAAGGGAGGCUUAUGUGCUACAAACAAGAUUGGAGUGGCGGGAUAGGUGCCGGUAUCAGGAUCUUGGCUCCAACAACAUAUAUCUUUUUUGCAUCGGCAAUUCCUGUUAUAUCUUUCGGUGUGCAGCUGGAGAGAAACACCAGUAAGGGCGAUUUUUCGUCUGAAUUUCGGUACCUCUUUUUGUUAUGUUGCAUAGAUGUUAUAGGAAAACUCGGUGUUGCUGCAGAUGGAACUUUGACAGCAGUGCAAACACUUGCAUCAACUGCACUUUGUGGUGUGAUCCACUCUAUCAUAGGUGGACAGCCACUGCUUAUACUUGGUGUAGCUGAGCCAACAGUGCUAAUGUACACUUUCAUGUUCGAUUUUGCCAAAGAUCGAAAAGAUUUGGGGGAGAAGUUGUUCUUAGCCUGGACAGCAUGGGUAUGCGUGUGGACAUCUAUUUUACUCUUCUUGCUGGCUAUCUUAGGUGCUUGCUCUAUAAUCAAUCGGUUUACGCGUGUUGCUGGUGAAUUGUUUGGUCUUUUAAUCGCAAUGCUCUUUAUGCAGCAAGCAAUUCGUGGAGUUGUGGAGGAGUUUGGAAUUCCUAAGAGGGGAAACGGAAGUGCAACUGCACUUAUACCUUCCUGGCGCUUUGGUAACGGAAUGUUUGCUUUGGUGCUUUCAUUUGGCCUGCUUCUCACUGCAUUGAGUAGUCGUAAGGCUAGGUCCUGGCGCUAUGGUACAGGAUGGCUUAGAGGAUUUAUCGCAGACUAUGGUGUCCCACUGAUGGUGCUCGUGUGGACUGGCUUGUCUUACAUACCAGCUAACGAUGUGCCAAAAGGGAUACCGAGAAGACUUAUUAGCCCAAAUCCGUGGUCAGAUGGAGCAUACGCGAACUGGACAGUUAUCAAGGACAUGGGGGAUGUGCCACUACUUUACAUUAUUGGAGCAUUUAUUCCUGCCACAAUGAUAGCCGUGCUUUAUUACUUUGAUCAUAGCGUUGCAUCUCAACUCGCGCAGCAGAAAGAGUUCAAUCUGAAGAAGCCUUCUUCAUAUCACUACGAUCUCCUUCUCUUGGGACUUUUGGUAAUAAUAUGUGGUCUCAUCGGGAUUCCUCCAGCCAAUGGAGUUAUUCCGCAGUCCCCAAUGCACACGAAAAGUUUGGCCACUCUGAAACAUCAGCUUUUGAGGAACAAGCUUGUGUCAACUGCUCGAGAUAGCAUCAGUAAAAAUGCCAAUCUAUCCCAGCUGUAUAGAAGCAUGCAAGAAGCAUACACAGAGAUGCAGACUCCCCUCGUGUACCAAACUCCCGCUGUUCUGGGAUUGAAGGAGCUGAAGGAUUCCACCAUUCAGCGCGCAUCCACUAGUGGCUACAUGGAUGCGCCCGUUGAUGUUGCCAUCUUUGAUGUGGACAAGGAUGUCGAUGAUCUUCUGCCCGUGGAAGUUAAGGAGCAACGCCUCAGCAAUCUGCUUCAAGCCUUAAUGGUCGGAGCUUGUCUUGCUGCCAUGCCUCUCUUGAAAAAGAUCCCCACUUCAGUCCUCUGGGGCUACUUUGCGUUCAUGGCAAUCGAGAGCUUGCCAGGAAACCAGUUCUGGGAAAGAAUCUUGCUGCUUUUCACAGCUCCAAGUCGAAGAUACAUGGUGCUAGAGGAGUAUCACGCGACCUUUGUGGAGACGGUGCCUUUCAAAACAAUCGCGUUCUUCACUUUAUUUCAGACUGUUUACUUGCUCCUAUGCUUUGGAAUAACGUGGAUCCCCAUUGCCGGCGUCCUCUUCCCCUUGCUGAUCAUGCUCCUCGUUCCCGUUCGCCAGUAUCUGCUUCCCAAGUUCUUCAAAGGUGCUCAUCUGCAAGACUUGGAUGCUGCAGAGUAUGAAGAAGCCCCUGCAAUUAGCUACAACUUAUCCUACAACGAACAAGGCAAUGCCAUCACUCUUGACAGUGGUGAGUUGUUGGACGAGAUGAUUACAAGAAGUCGCGGUGAGAUACGCUCUGGUCGUAGCCCAAAGGUCACAAGUUCGACACAAUCGCCUCUGGAGGAAAUGAAGGCUGCAUACAGUCCGCGGCUGCCUGAGAGGGCGCAGAGUCCACGUCUUAGUGAAAUAAGAUCGGAGCUGAGCCCGGGGUUGAACGGUAGACAAGAAGUAAAUCGAACCCCGAGCCCUCUCGGACAAACCAGUCGUGGAUCAACGUCUUUGUAAUCGAGCUAUCUCCGUUAGUUAUCGUUUUGGUGCUUGAGAGGUCCUUAUGUGUUAAAGAGACUUAAGUAAUAAUUUAGAUAUUUGGUUAUUGUGUUUAAUCUCUUCUACAUUGUACACAACUUUCACUCUCUCAUGGGCAGGAGAGAGUUAAUGAUAAAAGUGGGAGAUAUUUAUUUGAUA